CCAGCCGAUAUGACCCCGGCUGUGUGGGACUAUAUUUUCUUUGCUGACGCUAAACUACCCGCUGGCAGUAAGAUCAAGAAGGAACAUCUGGAAAGGAUGAAGCGAGAAUUCAAUUAUUGGUACCCGGUAGACCUGCGAGUUUCGGGAAAAGAUCUCAUCCAAAAUCAUUUGACGUUCUAUCUCUACAACCAUGUGGCGAUUUGGCCCAACGAACCUAGCAAGUGGCCCCGAGGCGUCCGUUGCAAUGGACAUUUGUUGCUGAACUCUGCCAAAAUGUCCAAGUCGGAAGGCAACUUUUUGACACUGUAUGAGGCGAUUGUCAAAUUCAGCGCCGACGGAACGCGUCUGUGCUUAGCUGAUGCCGGAGAUAGUAUCGAGGAUGCUAACUUCGUUGAGAGUUCGGCCGAUGCUGGAAUUCUGAGAUUGUACACUUUUAUCGAAUGGGUUAAGGAAACGCUGGCUUCGAAGGCUGCUUUGAGAAAAGGCAAACAAGAUGAUUUCAACGAUGCCGUUUUUCUAAGCGAAAUGAACCUAAAGACUAAGGAAACGGAUGAAUACUACAAGAAGAUGUUGUACAAGGAAGCUCUACGUACAGGGUUCUUCGAAUUUCAAUCUGCCAGAGACAAGUAUAGAGAGCUGUGCGGCGCAGAUGGAAUGCACGUAGACUUGGUUCUUGAAUUCAUUCGCCGACAGGCCCUACUGAUUGCUCCCAUUUGUCCCCAUGUAGCCGAAUACGUUUGGGAAUUGCUCGGAAACAAAUCCAGUAUCAUGAAAGCAUCUUGGCCUCAAGUUGGAACCAUAGACGAAAAGAAAAUCAAAUGUUCAACCUACCUGAUGGAUGCCGCUCAUUCGUUCCGCGUCAAUCUGAAGAGUGUAUCGCAAACGAAAACCAAGGGCGGAAAAGCUCUUCCUCCAGCGCCCGCUCUAAAACCUAGUGACGGUAUAAUUUGGGUCGCAAAAACUUUCCCUCCUUGGCAAUCCUGCGUACUCGAUACAAUGCGGGAGCUGUUCGAGAAGAACAAAGGUUUCCCCGACAACAAAAUCAUCGCCGUGGAACUUGGCAAAAAAGAAAUCCUCAAGAAGUACAUGAAGCGAGUGAUGCCUUUCGCUCAGAUGGUACGGGAACGUGUUGAGUCUUCGGGAGGACCUGGCAAAAGUGCUAUGGAUGUGACACUCGACUUCGAUGAACGCGAGGUUCUCGAGAAAAAUCUCGAAUAUCUCAAGAGUACCCUGGAGGUGGAAUCGCUCAGCAUCCGUUUCACUGAUGAACCGGACGCACCGGAAAAGAUGAAGGAAGAAGUGCGUCCCGGCGUGCCGUAUAUCGUCUUUAGCGUGAAACCAUUUGUGGCCGUUGUUCUGGAAAAUCCAAUCGAGCGAUCCGGACUGUUUACGGUGAAUAUUCAUCUGUCCGAUGGGGACACCUUGACCAGUCUGAAAGAGAAGCUAGCCAAGCAAAUCGGAUUCAAAGCUGAUAUUCGAACUCUGGAAAUUCUGAGAUUCGAGGACCCGAUCAUGGGUCCCCGGAAAAUCCCGAACUUCCAGGACUAUCGCAGCGGCAAAACCAGCCUGGAGGAGGGUUCUUUCAAGGUGGAUGUUGAGAAGAAGCAGGUAUUUCUCAGCAACGGAAAGCUUCAGAACCAUAAUAUCGGAACCAGCUUCAUCUAUGUUAUCAAUUAAACUUAACCGGUAUCGUUGAACGAUUUUUGGUGGAAA